ACAGCAUGUGAACUCGUGCUUUGUUGCUUUGGCGUCCCCACACGUGCGAGCACCUCCGAACGCUUGUACGUUGGCAUAAUUUGGAUGAGCCAUAAAUAUAAAACCAGUUAGAUUAAUUCUCCAGAUCACGAAAUGACAAAUGAAGCACCGCUUCCAGGAGAGAUGACAUGCUACUCCCUGAAGGCUGAAUGUGUGAAUGUGAAGACAAGUGAGGACUACUCUCAUCGUUUGUCAGCUUAGCUCCAAGGCUUCAAGCUAGAAGUAUCCCCUGACAAUGGGCUUUGUGCCUUGUGUUAGUUAUACUUGCAGCUGUAGGUGAAUCACUGAAUACGAAAUAUAAAGCGCGUAUUGAGAGCUGAGACUUAGAGGGCAGAUGGGUAAUUUGCUAGCAACAAAAGGAGGAAAUCUCACGUGAGGCACAGCAUUAUAAUCAUUGCCAUAUACAUUCUCUGUCUCUCUCCGUCAUAAAUCAUAACAGAAAAUUUCAUUUCUCUCACAUUUUCUUGCUCCCCAAACACUCGCUCACAAUCACAAUUACACAGCAGCCAAAAAGUCUGCCACUUGAUUGCUUUCUCUCCUUGCAUUUUUUCAAACUAAGUGCUUGAUCAUGAGUGAACUGUAAUUAUCGGACUCGAGCUAAGAUGGAUUAUCCUCAUCUUGGAAAGGUAUAAGCUUUGUCCAGUUUCUCUGUUUUGCUGUUCUGCAAUCUACAUUACAGAUAACUCGAAAAAUAAGACGUAUCUAUCCUUGGUUGUCCAUUUUUCUUUCGCAAAGUAGAAGUUACUAAGGUCUUACUCAUCUCAGUGGACAAGCAGAUGAAUGCAAAGCCUUGCAUUUUCAUUAGGAUUUCUCCCGCCCAAAAGCUCUAUCUCGAUUGCCAUUGUCGUCUUGAAUACAAAAAUUGAUGCAUUUGAUUUGAAUGUUAUAUUCUUCGUUUAGAGCAAAUUCUGUGCUUCAAAUGGUCUGGUAUGGUAGACUGGUAGGUCACUAGCUUUUAGGAAGCUAGUGUCACUCCAACGAUUCCAUUUUUCUGUUACUCAUCUCUUUGUACUACUCCACGCUCAUUUUCUCUCACCCAGCCAACGCGCCAAAACCUCUCAAAUAGCAUCAGCCAACCAGACGUCACACAUACAUUCACUUUAAUCCUGCAGUUGGUUUCACGCGUGCACCAGGCACGUGAAAAACCCACACGUCCGGCUGGUUUAGCAUGUCGCUGCAAAACCACCCCCAAACAAACAAAAAUUUCCCCAAGUAAUGAUUAGAGCGCGUGAUCGGAGGACACACACAUACAUAUAUAUGUCACCGUUAAUAUUCUCUGCACCACCACACAGGCAUACAAGAGGAGAGGGUAAUUAUAUGAUGUGUGUGCGUGUGAAUUGAUGAGAAGAAAGGGUUUGCGGAUUGUGGUUGCUGGUUGGUUACUGGGUGCAUGUGCAUGCAGGAAAUAAUGUACUUGAAAAGGCAGCAACAAAGCCCCGACGACGCCGCAAAUGAUACAUAUUUGGGCGGACAACUGCUGCCGAUAUCUUCACCAAUUGGUACCUUUUUUCUCUGAUCAUCUGAUUCAAAUUAAACAUUUCUUGUCCAUUCUUCCCCUCCUCUUCGCUUCAUUUUCUCACAGCAUGUCCCUUCCAUCAGGCUCUAUUCUUCAGAGCCCCUCUUAUCAGUGUAGUUACAAUAUUGCCGAUCCCGCAGAGCACAUUAAAGUGGGUUCCUUCUAUGAACUUGCUCACUCCAAGCUCCCUCCUAAAUUCCCAGAUCAACUAAACUCAAUCCGGGUAGCCAUGGUGAACGAGAAGACCAGAAUGAGGGUGUCGCUUAGAUUUCCAAGCAUCUACUCUCUCCGAGCCUACUUCAGUGAGACUAACUGUACCAAAACAGAUGUAAAGAAGCUGCCGGCACUGGACGAGAAGUACAUUAUAGGAUCGGAAGUAGCAGCAGAAGUUCUGUAUCGGCGGAUCACUCCUCAUGAAAUCUCCGCGAAGAGAAAUUCGUGGCAUUUCUGGGCGGUUCCUUCGAUUGCGGCCGAGGAGGUCUCCACCUCACACUCAAAUUCUAAGCCUAGAAGUACUGUCGUUCCGAAGAAGGGUUCUCUUUGGUCUGAGCUCAAGGGCACCGGGAUGCUCAAGUGGGGCCAGCGCCGGCAGGUCAGAUACUUGGCUCGACAUGUCGAGGAUAAGCGCAAACAGAAAUUUUCAAGUAAGGUUCCGGACAAAGAAGAAGAAGAAGAGGCAGGGGAUGAAGAAGAAGAGAACGCAAUGGAGGUAGCAAGUGACGAGGGUGAAGAAGAGAAAGCCAGUGAUGACGAGAAAGAAGAGGAUGAGAAGGCUGGUAAGUCACGGGAAACCAAGACAAAUCGCAAGAGAAAUCAUCAGGCGUCUAGCUGCAAGUCCCAGAAUAAUAGCAAAAGGCCAAAAAAUGAAAUGCAGAAUCAAAUUGUAGCUUACAAGCAGAAGAAAAACAAAGUACUCAAAAACUCCAUUGACAGAUGGUCCGUUGAGAGGUACAAGUUAGCUGAGGUGAACAUGUUGAAGAUAAUGAAAGAACAAGGUGCAGUGUUUGGGAAACCAAUUCUAAGGCCAGAAUUGAGAGCUCAGGCAAGGAAGCUAAUUGGGGAUACAGGUCUGCUAGACCAUUUACUGAAACAUAUGGCAGGGAAGGUGGCGCCAGGCGGGGAAGAGAGGUUUAGGAGGCGGCACAAUGCAGAAGGGGCAAUGGAGUAUUGGCUGGAGAAAGCCGAUUUAGUUGACAUAAGAAGGGAGGCUGGGGUGCAAGAUCCUUAUUGGACUCCGCCACCUGGGUGGAAGACUGGUGAUAAUCCUACACAGGACCCUCUUUGUGCCAGGGAGAUCAGAAAUCUGAAGGAAGAGAUAGCUAAAUUGAAAAGGGAUAUGGAGGAGCAGUUAUCCAAGAAGCAUGAGGAAGAACUAGCUAUUGUGACCUCCCAAAUAUCUUCUGUUACUAGUCACGACAUAGAGCAUGAGAAAUUAUUAACUCCACUUAAGGAAAUGUAUAUUGAUUUGGUGAAUAAGAAGGUUAAGAUUGAGGAACAAUUGAUGGAAAUUUCGCAAUCUUUGUGUGGGAUGGAGGAACAAAUGGGGAAGCUAAAAACAGCAAUGGAGGAAGCAAAAAGAACAGAAUCAUCUGAAGGACCUGCAUUAAUGAGAUUACCGGAAUCAACAUCUCCAGCAGUCACUCAGAAAAAAAGAAAAGAAGCAAUAAUGCAACAAAAGAAAGAAGAAACCGUACCAAGGGAAUUAAGACAAGAGCAUAGUAAGGCAGGAUGCAACAGGACCCCACCAACAGCAAAAUCACCGUCACCUGCAGAUGAUAAGGCAGCAAAAAUAGAAAGACUGAAGAGUGGGUUCCGGAUAUGCAAGCCCCAGGGGACUUUCUUGUGGCCAAACAUGGUGAUCUCAUCUCCUCAGGUUGUGGUCCAGCUUGAAGACCUCUUUGCAGUCCCUACACCGCCAUCUGUCUCUUCCACAUCAGCAACACAACCCCACCUUCUCCCUGCUCCUCCUCCUCAACACGAUGAACCCAUCCCUACUUCCCCUCUGAAGCCAUUAGCUGAAAAAGGACCUGUCACCAUCGCUCUACCCACAGCUGUCUCCCGACAAAUUCAUUCUUCCGACGAUGUCUACGGUCCUCAGUAUGAGAAUAGCAGCAUUAGUACCACAUCUGCUACUAGCACUAAUACCACCACCAUAACCUCCCAGAUCAACCUUAAUGAGCCUCCUUGCAAUAUUCAAAAUGACAAUGGACUUACUGGUUCUCAUUCUCAAGGUCAGACCUCCACAUAUCCAGUCACCUACCAAAGACGAGGCCAUCAUACUGUGACAGCCAUUGCUGCUAUGCCUUGUGUAUGUAAUUUGGAACCUGCAAAAAAAGAGAUGAACCAGUGGGAGGGAGGUAAAGACGAGGGAAAGGAAAUGAUGAGGUACUGUGAGCAGGAGCAACAGGGAUGCUGCUCCGCCGCUUCCACAUGUCCGUGCUUGUCAGUGGAAGUUGGAGCGUGGUUGGCUCUUGCAACUUCUAACCAGCCCCUUGAAAAUAAAUCUAAACGAGGUUAAAAAAAGAAGUAAUUAUGGGAAGUUUAUAGUUUGAUAUGAAUUACAGAAUCAUAUUAUAUAUAUACAUAUAUACACACGCACGCAUGAGAUUAGUUUUGCAUAUAUACUUUUUGAAGAAGACCUCUGAUAUAUAGUUGAUUCAGGCGUGUAGGAUUUUUGCCUGUUUUAUGGUAUUCAUAUAUUUGUUAAAUAAAUAGUAAUCAUUAUGUUCAUUCAUGGUGACCUUUCAAUAUAAUUCCCUACU